CUGAGGCAUGUCAUUUCCUUUUAUUGCCGAUAAUUAUUUUAACGAUAUUAAUUCAGCUGUUUACACAAGUAAUUAGCUCUGCAACGCGUAAAUUGACAAUGAGAAAAACACCGUUAUAGCUAUCCCACCACACGAUGUACAUAAAACAUCUGAAGGUAAGAGAAAGGUAACGGUGUAUGCAUCUGUACUGUCGUCGCUUUAGUAGUUAGCUCGUGCGCUCGUGGAUAACAAGUUUAAUGACUCCCGCCAGCAGUGACAAGUGUGUGUGAGUAUAGAAACCCCGCGGGGGGACAGCUCUCGUGCAGGUAUUGAUCCCCGAGUUUCGAACUCCUGUCCAGAAAGAGGAGAUGGUCUCAAGCACACCUCUUGACAGGUGGUGGCAGGUAGCUGUACCUCUCUGCAUGGGGCGCUGGUAGUUUAUUUGUCUCCACCGUUUGUUUGUUUGUUUGUUUGUUUGUUUGUUUUUGUUUGGGUUUUUUUUUUUGUUCGUUUGUUUGUUUGUUGUUGUUGGGGUUUUUGUUUUUUGUUGUUUGUUUGUUUGUUUUUUUGUAUCAGCUUUCACAUUUAUCCCUUCAUCUGUCUGCAUCAUCUUGACUUUCCUUCCAUCUGUCUUUUUUAUCUCUAUUUUUCUGUGUCAGCUUGACUUUCAUUCCUGCAGUCUCACAAGAUCUCUCUAUCUCGAGACAGGGAAGGAGUGUUUAAUUUUAGGUCAGUAUUAGGAUGAUACUUAGUCACCGAAAGGACUAGAACAGUGGUGCCGAACCUUUUCUCGCCAGCGCUCGACAUGAAAGAAAAUCUCGCGGGCCAGAACAUGGCGGUUUUGCCAGAAUCGUGACGUUGACAAUGACGUUCUAAGCGUGUCGCUUUUUUUUUUUUUUCUUGCGUCAUAGUCGGCGGGUAUGAUGUCAUGGAUCACGUCACUGACCCAGUAAAGUGCAAAGAGUGCACGGAGAAGGAAGAGGGUCAGGCAGAGAGAACUAGUGACGAUAAAGCGUGAAAGACGUAAAGUCUCGUCUGCUGGAAGUGAGAAGAAGAAAAAAAAAAAAAAAAAAAAAAACAAAACAAAACAAAAAACAACCAACCGCGGUUUUGUACAAAUAGGAGUGUGUGAAAUAAAGGUCUCAUCUUCAUCGGUUGUACGUGUGUGUUUUUGUGGAAUCGGCGUGUUUCGUAAGAUAUAUAUAUAGUAAAGUUUAUUAUAGAUCUGUGUUGGUACUGCUGAAGGCGACUAAAAGGAGUUUAUUCAACGUUUGCCGUCUUAACGCUGUUGUGAGUAACGAACCAAAAGUUUGGCAGACAAGGUGUAUUGGUUACAAUGUUAUGAGACAGCUCUCUUGUGCUGUAAAGGUGUGGCUGUCACAUACAACCGUCCUCCUUGCAACAGUCGGAGAUUCAACUCUAAAACAGAACUGGAGGAAGAUUAAGUGGGAUAGUUCUCAGAAGCAAGAGACAAACAUCAGUAGCUUUGGCAAGUUUGAUGUCGGACAGACUUUGCUCAUAUUGGAGUUACGUUUCUUAAGUAAGGAACUGCUUUGCUACGACAACAACAGCAUUUUUCGCAACAAUGACAGUUUAAUCAGACUUUGCAGUCCAGACGUCACACAACGACAUUUGACAAGUCUGCUAAUUGGUCCUAUGACAACUGAUGAUGCUACCAUCGACCUGUGCUGUACGAACUAUGACCUUUAAUUCUCCCAUUUGGCGAGCACAUAAUAUUAUAUGAUGGCAUUUGUCAGGUCGAUUUGUUAAGAUGUUCGUCCUCAACCGGACAAUGUCCGAUCUCAAAUGUCCCAUUGUAUUCGCAAAUGUAUUAACAAUGUGUUGACAAACGUCUGGACUUAUCAUGUUAUCUAUAGUUUCUAUGUCCCAAACGUUCACCAGAAAGCCAUGGGUUUCCUGUGAUUUUCACAAUCAGAAAAACUUUUCGAAACUUGGUCAAACUUUCGAGGGCGCUUGUCAACAGCACAUCGACCUCAGGGUACUUCAGAGAUGUAACGACUGCGGCCUCUUUUAAGCGUUAUGUUUCUAGAUGUUGUAACAUGUAUGUGGUGAUGUUGGUGGUGAUGAAGAUGAGGAGGAAGAGGUCUAGACAAACUCACUUUGCUUAGCAUUAUCCACAGUAUCCUCGAAAAUCACAAUGAUGUAAACAACUCUAAGACUCACUGAAGAUUUAACAUCAAAGACACAAUGCCCAAAAGGGUUAAUGAUAGCAGUGAAUAUUGACCAGUGCCAUCAUAUUAAACACCAAAAAAAAAAAAAAAUGAUCGUCACAAUAUCGUAGUUUAUUCACUACAACUCAACAUAUCUAGAGAUGGAAGAGAAGAAAUAAAACAAGACCCAGAUGGAGAGCAGUAAACUGUAUUGAGCUUUACUCAAAAAGACUACACCUCACUGGUCUACAGAGAGUAAGAGAAUACGUGAAAGUUGGAGAUGGACAAAGUAACUGUUUGUUUAUGUGCUCACAGUAGUUAUAGAGAAAAAAAGGUUUACAGGUUUAAUAACUACAAAGACUGUUAAAUCCUGUCAUGACAGAUUUCUCGCUUCAGAAGGCGUUCUCCACAUCCUGUCCGCAAUGAUUCGCAUCUCCCACACCACCACCAUCACUACCACCAUCACCACCGCCACCACCACCACCACCACCACCAUCACCACCACUGCUGGCCGUCAAAAGCUUUCUGACACCGGCUCAUAAACUCCAGCCAACACAACACGUCGAUUUGUAAAGGGCUGAAUUCGAGGCAAUCAAACGCGCGGACUCUCAGGGGACCAGCAUCUUACAGCUCUCGCAAGAGUUCCUAAUCAAAUCUGCGGUCCGCGGAAUUCCCAGUGGGGCUUGCAUUCCCCUCUUUUGUGUCAGUCGCGCUUCGCUGGCAUUUCCUCCACCCUGACUGGCCGGCAAAAUCUCGGGUUUCAGAUUACAUCCCUUUGCGCAACGCUGCCAAAUUGGGAGGACCGCUCUUCUUGACAAAAACUAAACAGCAACCGCAAUCUCUCUAUCUUUUCCACGGUUCUCUGGUUUGUUUGUUUGUGUGUGCGUGUGUGUGUGGUUGGUGUGUGUGACUGGUGUUUGUGUGUGUGUCCAUGGGUGGGUAAGUUUGUACACGUGUGUGACAGAUAUUUGCUUCAUACGAACCUUCCCCCAGUCCCAGGGGAGACAGAUUCAGACCAUGGAAAUAUCAGACCGUGAUAUGGGUGUGCGGUCCCUCCGCAAUAAAACAGGAGGCGGGCUGCUGGCAUUUUCACAUACACGCCAUUUAAGGUUAGUGCAGGCAGCCUGACACCGUUGUAAAUCGAUGGAUGCUCUAUCAACUGACAUGGUCAAGUGACAGGCACGAGCUGUUCGCCUUUGUAAGGCUGGCUAUUGCAUUACAUAAACCACUUUCAUAAGGCCCUCCCGGGGGACAGGGACAUUUGAGGUUUAAAGAGGGCAUACAAUAGCCUGAACUGACGUUAGCAGAUUGUUAGUGUAAAUAAAUAAGUAAAUAAAGAUUAACAUUUCUAUUUGCCUGUAUAUUGACACCUGUUUUUUUUUAAUAAUACAGUUUAAAGAAUAAAAUAUUUAGCUCAAGAUUGAAGGAUAGCAGGAUAUAAUAAAAUCGUUAAUCGUAUUAUGUCGGAUUUUUUUAAUAAAAAAAUGGUCUGUUUGGUGUUUUUGUUUUGUGGUUGGUAGAUGUGAAUGCAUGAUUAGCUUCUUGUUGUUGGUUUUUGUUUUUUUUUUUUGUUGGUUUUUUUUUUUUUUUGUUGGGGUUUUUUUUUUUUUGAAGUAACGUAGUACCCUCAGGUUAUUAAUCCAUGUUGGAUAUUUCGCUAUGUAACUAGAAGGGAAUGGAUUUGGUCCAGUCUUCAUGAGAUUAUUAUUCGCUCUUCGCUUAUUAUUUUUACUUACACCCUAAAAAUAUAAUUUCCUUAACUCUUUAAGUUUCUUUUUUGUGCAACGAGUGAUUUGGUCUUUUGUGACAUUUCGUGAGCGUAUCGGGUCAAAAGACUUCUAAAUGUGGAAUUUUUUGUCUCAGAUAUAGCUUCUUCUAUUCGCAUUUAAUGAAUAGUGUCUGCUGUACAGGUCUUCCACUCGCCCCCUGCAGCAGCCAGUUACCCCUACCUUACCCUCUAAAAAGAUUAAAUGAAUGACCAGCAAACAAUGAGAGAAACUUUCGCAAAAAAAUUGGAGGAACCGUUUCCUGCCUGUUGUUUGCUGUCGGGUGUUCAAGGCGGAAGAAAGACCGAUCCUGGACAAUGCUCAUUUUCAUCUCAUCCCGUCUUGCGUCCAGCAGUGGACCACCUUACCAACAGCGAGCGAGGCACCAACCAACUGGAACGACCUGACGACACCCCGGAGUCAAAAUCGAUGCCAAUAGAGAAACAGUCGGGAGAUGGAGAGUGCAAGGUGACGUCAUGGAUGAACCGAAUGACCGAGGGAGGAGGUGGAGGGGACCAGGUGAAGGACAAGCAAUCUGAGAACACUGAUCUUCUCACUGCGGCGCCAGUGUCAGCAGCGCUGUGCCACGACAACGACUUAGCCGAGAGUUUAACUCAAGAUCGCAUCCACACUGAGUCGGAGGUGACAGACGUCAACACCAUUGUACAUCCCGGGGAAAUCUCGUGCCGUGACGUCGACGUCAUCUUGACCCCAAAGACCGACGAAGACAGACUCCGACUCCACAGCUCAGAAGACGUGACAUCCCAACAUCGUCACUUCGACUCCGACGAGUCCGUGGACGACGACGAAGAACUGGAAGUCACGUGUUCUCCUGUAGGUGAGGAAGAUGAACUCAGAUUCUUCCGAGAGCGAGGAGCUAGCAUGUUGGAGGCCGGACACCAUAGUUUGACCCUGAGCCGGCAGAUUCGUUCUGGAGGCGAGUCUCUAGAUGAGAUGGUCGACUCGGAAGCAGAUGACACGUGUCAGACGUUUGAUUCGAGAGAUAACGACGGAGCCGAUGUCAGCGUUGCAGACAGAGGAGAAGGAGGCGCGGAGGAGGAAAAGGUUGGGAGCGUGAUGCUGUACGGCUAUCCAAUCAUCUGCCUCCACGUGGAAGGGAAGGAGCGAUUGUGUCUGGCACAGAUCUCCAGUACCCUUUUACAGGACUUCAGUUACAAUGAAAUUCACAACCGCCGUGUGGCUCUGGGCAUCACUUGCCUGCAGUGUACCCCUCAGCAGCUGGAGGUUCUCAGAAGAUCCGGGGCAAUGCCGAUUUCCUCCCGCCGAUGUGGACUCAUAACGAAGCGCGAGGCGGAGCGGCUCGUCAGGUCCUUCAUCUCGGACGUACCCCCGCCUCGUCUACCCGACAACUUCACCUUUAAGGUCCGGCACUCGUGCGGGUGGGGUUGCGAAGGGUAUUUCGUACCUGCCCGCUACAACAGCUCGCGUGCCAAGUGCAUCAAGUGCUGCACGUGCGAGGCCUAUUUCUCACCUAACAAGUUCAUCUUUCACUACCACCGCCUGGACGGCGCCUCCUACCGCCACCCGGACGCCGCCAACUUCAACUCGUGGCGGCGGCACCUGGAGCUGGUGCAUGAAGAGAAAGACGACCGCGUGCUGCAUGCCUGGGAGGACGUUAAAGCCAUGUUCAACGGCGGCAGCCGCAAACGGCUGGCCGGCCCCUCCACAGCCUUCUCCCCCAGCUCCCCUGCAGCCGCGUCCUUGACGUCACUGUCGUCUGCCGCUCCGAAGCCAAUGCCACUGCCGCCACCCCUACCGCUACCACAACCGCAACCACCGACCUCCUCGAUGUCAUUCUCCUCUGCUCUGAGCGGCGGACUUUCCAUGGUGACCAGCACCCCGUGUUACCGUGGAGACCCUGGCGGCACCAGCGUUGGCAGCAGCUUUUGGCCGCUGCAGCCCAGCGCCAUGACGCAGACAGCUGCGCAGCUGGUGUCCAGCAACCCCCCGUCGCGUCUGCUGCCGCAGUCGGGAAUCGUGCCCCCCGCACCUGCCGCCGUUGCCCCAGCCGCGGCACCGCACCCGGCUUUUUACUCUAACGGAUCGUACGGUCGCAUCGCAUCCUAUGGCGAGUUCCUUCGCACGAUGAGUCUGCCUUACAACACCAGCAACAAUAAUAACAACAACAGCGGCGGCCCCACGACGGGUAGCGUGCUAGGAGACUGGCAUCGCCUGCGUCUGUCCGGUCUGUUGCCAGUGCUGGGGCCUGCGACUCCCCCUGCGGGGGUUUUCGCCGCUGCCGCGUAUCCCAUCAACCCUUUUGGCUACCAGCCUGCUUUCGUCGGCGGUGGCAGCGACGGCAUUGUCACGUGCAGAGAUAGAUGCCAGGUGCCGCCGUUGCAGAUCUGCUCACUUCAAGACGCGGCGCCCAGCGGCUGCUCGGCGUUGACCGUCAAGGCUGCUGACGGCAGCGGAGGCGGAGGCAAAGUUCUGGCAGCCGGCCUUGGUGAUCUCUUCAACAACCCCCCGCAGGUCAUGAACAAUGGUGACAGAACGGAUCCGGCAGCGAGAGGAGGAGCAGGAGGAAGUAGCUCGCGCGGAGAGCUGGGGAGCGAGUAUCGGAGGCUCCCUGCUUCAGCAGACGAUGCCGUGAGCCACUCGCUAGGCGACGACGACGAGGAGGCCAACCAGAAGAAGAGAAAUAGUCCACCAGCCGGCAAAGCUUCCAAUGGGAUGAAAGGGGCUCAAAAAGAUGAGGGCAACAUGACCGAUGGGCUGACAAGUUAUGGGCCUUGUCUCAGCAUGAAGAAGACUCAGGAUUCCAAGAAGACGCAACCUGUAACCACUUUGCCCACGGACACAGAAAGUUUGCUGAAGAUCUUCGAGAACACCGGAGACAUGGAGUCCUUUAUGAAUCUGCCUAUUGGCAAACUCCGGCGUCUCGUCAAGACGGCAAGAGCAAAGUCUCAAGCGGUCGAGCGUGAAAUAACUAAGGUCAAAGACAUGCAGAGGUUGCAGAGGUUACGGGCAGCCGAGUUGAGGGAGGAGUUCUCUCGCCAGUUCUUCACCCUCAAAGAAAAUGUAUGGGCGGACAUAGAGCACGAGCGGCGGCUAAAAACUGCUCUCCAGAACCGACUCACAGAAGCCAAGCACUUGGUGCCAAAGAUGCUGAAUCCUUCUCUUCCUGCGUACCCGGAUCUGGAAUGAAGGGACCGGGAAAUGGAGAGGAGAAAGUUUCGAUGCCUGGGUGGAUGCGCUGCAUGACCUUUCUUGCGACCAUGAAUUUCAAGGUAUCAUGUGGGGUACCAACAACCCCAGACUUCAGAUCCCUGACCGCAGACCGAAGACCCACCGUAAAUGGACUGUACUGUCUGUGGAAACCCGCUGGAGUCCAUGUCUCACCUGUCCUCCAGUGUUACAAGUACUUUUAUGACCUUCGCACCUGAGCAUUACUCACCUUGUGAAACACCAAGUAACUCUUAGUCAAACGCGUGAAAAUGAAAAAUAACAAUAAGCAGAUGCACUACGUUGAAUUGUUGCAUAAUCAAAAGUCUUUUGACAUGGUGUUGGACUUUUUUUGCCAUGCCGUUGACAUGUUCGACUUGCCAAUUUUUCUGUCAUGUGUUUUGAUAGCAUGUUGGACAUACGGCCUUCCUCCAACGUGCUUUGACAGUAUUUUCUGUAUUUUCUGAUAAUAUGCUGGACUCGCAACUUUUCCGUCGAAGUAUUUUCUGAGUGUGGACAAGUGACCUUCCUUUAAUCUACUUUCUUGAUUUAUGAACGACACACUGGAAAUCUUUUGUGCUUAGUUGUUACUCAAGUCAAAUGUGAGUUUGAAAUUUUUUGGUGUUCUAUGCCAAGUCAGCAGUUAUGGUUGUAUUGCUGCGAGCUAGUCUAGUGGUGUAAAUAGAUGCUAUUUCCCGCACGAUGGGUGUCUAAGGUGAGAUAUAAACUCUACUUCUGAUCCUGAAUGUUUAGUGACCAGCAUUGUGCUAUCGCACCGCAGUCCCUGUCCCCACCUCACCCAAGUCCAGAUAAAUUUGUAGUCCAUCUUUGUUGCUAGAAUCAGCAUACUUUGAAAAAAUGAAAACCUUAUUUAUGAACGUUUUUAAUCGGUUUUAAAAGUUAAAAAGAGGUGCACCUGUAUGCUUUGUUAAUUAUUCAGAUGGGUUCAGUUUUAGUUUUUAUGGAUACAUGCAAAUACUC